GCACGGGGCAGGAGCUGGCCCUGGAGCACUGCGCCCUCCAGACGGGGCACCCCUCACCCUGCCCCAUGGAGCGGGUGGCCACCGUCGACUGCGAGGAGCCCUUCCAGCUGCGGUUGGUGGGUGGCCCCGGGCGCUGCGCGGGGCGGUUGGAGGUGAACCGUGGCGGGCAGUGGGGCACGGUCUGCGACGACGGCUGGAGCGGAGCCAACGUGGCAGUGGUUUGCCGGGAGCUGGGCUGCGGGGCAGCGGGGACGGUUGGUGACCUUCCCAGGGGACCGCCCCGCUUUGGCCCCGGUACUGGGCGCAUCUGGCUGGAUGACGUCCGCUGCCGGGGUCAGGAGGGGACCCUGCAGGAUUGCGCCCACCGCGCCUGGGGCCGCCACGACUGCUCGCACCAGGAGGAUGUCGGUGUGGUCUGCCAGGAUGCCUGAGCACAGCAGCUCUGCCCCUGGACGGCCUCCAGCCACCAUGUCCCCCUGUGGAGCAUCCCUCCUGCACCAUUCCCUGGGCAGCCCUGGCCCCAUGGGGUACCCCAUGCACAGCACCCCACAGGAGGCCAUAGGCAGCAGCGGGGAGUCCUGCCCCAGCCCCUUGUCCCCCUGUCCAGCCAUUAAAUG